UCCCUCUCCCGGCCCGGCGCGUCUCCCAGGUCUCCGGUCUCUACUCCCCCCUCCCCCUUUGUCCCUCUCAUUUCUCUUUCUUUCUUGUAAUCCUCCCCAGCCCCUCUUAUUGGGGAGGGGGGUCUCCUCUUUUCGACGUUCUCCCGUUUUUCCUCAAAUGCUCCUUUUGCGCCCAGGAUUUCCCUUCCUAAAUUUAAUGUGCUCCUGGCUCCCUCCCCCCCAGCCCUUGCGAGACAAACCUGGGAGAUGGGGAGGGGUUCGAGAAUCGAAGCGUGCUUGUUGCUGGGAAACAGUGAACAGAGUAUCUGUCAGGCAAGAGCUGCUGUGAUGGUUUACGAUGAUGCCAACAAAAAGUGGGUGCCAGCCGGUGGUUCAACUGGGUUCAGCAGAGUUCAUAUAUAUCACCAUACAGGCAACAACACAUUCAGAGUGGUGGGCAGGAAGAUUCAGGACCAUCAGGUUGUGAUAAAUUGUGCCAUUCCUAAAGGAUUGAAGUACAAUCAAGCUACACAGACCUUCCACCAAUGGCGGGACGCUAGACAGGUGUAUGGUCUCAACUUUGGCAGUAAAGAAGAUGCCAAUGUCUUCGCAAGUGCCAUGAUGCAUGCCUUAGAAGUGUUGAAUUCACAGGAAACAGGGCCAACAUUGCCUAGACAAAAUUCACAACUACCUGCCCAAGUUCAGAAUGGCCCAUCACAAGAAGAAUUGGAAAUUCAAAGAAGGCAACUGCAGGAGCAGCAGCGACAGAAGGAGCUGGAGCGGGAGCGGCUGGAGCGGGAGAGAGUGGAGCGGGAGCGGCUGGAGCGGGACCGCCUCGAGCGCGAGCGGCUGGAGCGGGAGCGCCUGGAGCAGGAGCAGCUGGAGCGGGAGCGGCAGGAGCGGGAGCGGCAGGAGCGCCUGGAGCGGGAGCGGCUGGAGAGGCUGGACCGCGAAAGGCAGGAGCGAGAGCGGCAGGAGCAGCUGGAGCGGGAGCAGCUGGAGUGGGAGCGGGAGCGGAGAGUAUCGAGCGCCGCUGCCCCUGCCUCUGUGGAGACUCCUCUAAACUCUGUGCUGGGAGACUCCUCUGCUCCUGAGCCAGGCUUGCAGGCAGCCUCUCAGCCGGCCGAGACUCCAGCCCAGCAGGGCACUGUCUCGGGACCACCUGCACCUCCGCCCCCUCCUCCACUCCCGCCAGGUCCUGCCCAGGCACCGGCCCUCCUCCCUCCUCCCCCGGGACCGCCUCCCCCGCCUCCACUCCCUUCCUCAGGGCCUCCGCCCCCGCCUCCUCCACCUCCUCUUCCCAAUCAAGUUCCCCCUCCUCCUCCUCCACCUCCUGCUCCUCCCCUCCCUGCCUCUGGGUUUUUUUCGGGAUCCAUGUCUGAAGACAAUCGCCCUUUAACUGGACUUGCAGCUGCAAUUGCUGGAGCAAAACUUAGGAAAGUGUCACGGAUGGAAGAUGCCUCUUUCCCAAGCGGAGGGAACACCACUGGUGUGAAUUCGGCCUCAUCAAAAACAGAUACAGGUCGUGGAAAUGGACCCCUUCCUUUAGGGGGUAGUGGUUUAAUGGAAGAAAUGAGUGCCCUGCUGGCCAGGAGGAGAAGAAUUGCUGAAAAGGGAUCAACGAUAGAAACAGAACAAAAAGAGGACAAAAAUGAAGACUCAGAACCUGUAACUUCUAAGGCCUCUUCAACAACUACACCUGAACCGACAAGAAAACUUUGGGAAAGAACAAAUACAAUGAAUGGCAGCAAGUCACCUGUCAUUUCCAGACGGGAUUCUCCAAGGAAAAAUCAGAUUGUUUUUGACAACAGGUCCUAUGAUUCAUUACACAGACCAAAAUCUGCGCCUUCGUCACAGCCCAGUGCCAACGGAGUGCAGACGGAGGGACUGGACUAUGACAGGCUGAAGCAGGACAUUUUAGAUGAAAUGAGAAAAGAAUUAACUAAGCUAAAAGAAGAGCUCAUUGAUGCAAUCAGGCAGGAACUGAGCAAGUCAAAUACUGCGUAGAGAAACAAACUAAGGAGAGACAUGACUUUAAUCUGGAAAAAGAAGAAAAUAAAAACCUGCAAAGAACAACUGUUAGCAACAACAAAACCCUUACAUUUUGUGAGCUGUGAGAAGAAAAUGGAGAUACACAGUCAGAAGGAGGGAAAAACCAACAUACUUUGAAAGCCUUCAAACAUUACCACUCCGGCGGAUAAGCUAUUUCCCUCCAAGUUUGCUGCUUUUUUCUGACCUUUACAACAGGAUGGAAGAGAGCCGUAUAGGAGUUCCUGUAUCAGUUAUGCAGAAAAUUACUAAACCCGUCAGGCAGGAUCACCGUGCAUUGAGAAUAUUUUCAUGUCAAGAGAAAAUUGCACAUUUUCCACAGUCCAUAGCUAAAAUAAAGAGGGGAAAGGCUUGAGAAGUUUUGUUUUUCAGAGAAUGCUGAUGAAGAAUUUAGCAAGUGAUGCUAUUGUAUUGUAAAUGUUUCUCUCAGGUUUGUCUUCCUAUCAUAUUUGAUAUUCCAUGGAUAAUUGAGGUCAGCCCUGUGUAGGUUAAGAUCAUAAAAUGUGGAACAAAUGGAAUUGUAUGUGCUUUCAAAAGGUGACAUUUAUAAGAAAGUGUCCUAAAAAUGAUUUGUCCAGAGUGAGGAAUUUUAGAAUGAUAGGAGGUCUCUCGAGUUUAGCCUUCAUGCAAUUUUGUAGAUUCAAACAUAAAAUUCAUCCAGAAUUUAAAGAUUUAGAUGCCUUCCUAAAUUGUUACAAUGCUUUACCAAAUCUAUGACUCCUACAUAACACAAACCAGUGGUCAAAUGUAAAACAAUAUAUUGUAGAUUUACUGUAGGUUUUCAAUCUUUUUUAGAUUUAUGCAUGUGGACAUUUUUAUAACGUAAUUACAACCACCACAAAAAUUAGCUUUUUUAAUUGCAGACAGUAAUGCAUGUUAAACUAAUAUGUAGUGGCCUUUUCAAGGCCUAGUCCCAGGGAAAACAUUUUGUAGAGUAUAGGGAGUGGGAGGAGGGGAAGGAAUAAUUUUUUAUUUAAAGUUAAUUUCUGCACUAUCUUUUUUCUCAGUUAUCUGCAUGAAUAAUGAUGAGGAAUAUUUUGUGACUUUAAUUGGUAAAUAUGUUAACAGAACCAAGUACUUAAUCUUUUACAUCAUGUCUUCAGCUAUUUGUAUUUUAAUUCAGUAACUUCAGUGGUCUGAAACAUGAUUCUGAGCUUCACAUGAAUUCUGUCUUACUGUGGAAUUCAAACGUCCGAUCCCUGAAUCUGGCAGUUUUUAUUACCUAGGUGCCCUGCAGUUACCCAGGUAUUCAGGUACACAUUCCUGACUUCAGAGCUGCUUUCGGACUUUUAUGUUGAAAUACUAGAAAAGUGACAACGAUGGCAGCAGUUAAGGUCACAGAAAUCAUCGGAUAAAGGGAAAAAUGACGAGGGGUCCUGCAUAAUUUUCUUUUAAUAAAUAAAGUGAGACUUAGGUGGUAGGAAGAAGGAACUAGAUGCUCUACUUACCACCGUGUGCGUGUGUGUGUGUGCGUGUGUGUUUGUGUGGGCACUCACGUGUGUGUGUGUGUGUGUAUAAUGCACUCCCUUUUCUUCGAAACUUCUAAGAUUAAAAUAGGGGAGAAAUCCUGUAUGUUACAAUGAUAGCAUUUUUUGAAAAUCUAGGAAAUCAAAAAUUCUCCAGGCUCUCCAUCUUGGUUUAUGCUUGAGUUGUUAUGUGCCAUAUUUGCUUUGAAAUCUUUGAUUAUCUGUAAUUUUACUAAAAUUUUGAAGAAAUAAUCCACUGUUGUCUGCUUUCUGGAUUUCUUAAUCUACCUUCAUGAGACAGAGCUUGUUGAUAGCAUAGUUUUCUAAAUGCAGGUUUGCAGCCAUCACCACUUCAAUGAGGUUUGAAUGAGGAAAUUUUUUUUUUCUUAUUAAAACAGUUCCUGUUUCUGUAGAAACUUCGUUUUUAGAUUAAUCUGUGAUGGAUGAGCUAUCAUAAUUCAAAUAUGCAGUUCUUUUUCUAUCAGCUGUUCAUUGUCAUCCAACAGUAAAGACAUUAAAGAUUCAACAAGCUUAAAAAGUACUACUUUCUUAAAGAAAUAGGAGGCAUUUCCAUCUUUAUUACCGUACUUUUGGUUAUGCAAACACUUUGGAGAUAUAAAUGUUUAUGUCCCCCAUAAAUCUGGUCAGAAAUCAUUUUUGAUUUUGUUGAUUAAGUUAAACAGUAGGAUAGAGUACUGGGUACAAGUGGUCCAAAGUAAGAUAAAAGUCUACGCUAAAAAUGCUAGAUCUUGAAGAAGAAACUGGUUUAUGCACUAAACGUUUUGUGCCUUGGUCUAAAUAUUAACAUGUCUGUGUAAAAUGACAAAAAGAACCAGUGUUGAAUCAUGUUUUAUUUCCUGUCAUUCUGCUUUAUCCCAGACUGCUAAAUGUGUUCUUUCCAAGAAGUUUGAUUGAAUUACUGUAUACAUUUACUGUCCUGUGUGACAGUUUUGUCAUUGUUAGAGAUUUCAGUAAUUAAAAUGGGAAACAGAAGCUUAGGUUAUUUUCCUAUCAAAACUAUGUUCCUUGGAGCCACGUUAUUAUGAUGGUUUUCGUGCUCUUGUACAUUGGAUGUCUUAAGCUGAGUGCAGUUUGGGGGAUCCUUUCUAAUUACAGGAAGGUACUACUUUCCUUUAACACUGUGAUCUGACCUGUGACAAAUCUGUACUACACACUAUGUAAUGGCUAACAAGUCAAUUGCAAACCAACUGAAUGUACAAACCUUAGUGCUGGUGCUGAAAUCUCUUCAGAAUAGUCAUCAUGAUCUCAAAGUUUGUUUCAGAAUUUGCAAGCAUCAAGUGUCAAUCAAAACUGAAGAUGAAACACUAAUGAAUGUCGAAUUCUCAUGCUUUAGGUGUACUUCCUUUAUAGUUUUUGUUUCUCUGCUAUUUUUACCAUACUGUUCCAUUUAAAUUUCCUACACGCUAACUUCGUUUGUGCGAUUGAAAUAAAAUUGCAGUAUAUACAUGUUGCUUGUUUGUGACACUUAGAUAAUCUGACAUAAUCUGUUGGUUCUAAAUAAGUUGCUUUGAAUGUAAAAAACACUCUUUAAAAUCCAUGACUUCACUAGUUAAAGUUUACAUAUCACGGCACUAUUCUUUAAAGAUUUCAUAAGUCAUAAAUACUAAGUAAUGUAUACAAAGGGAAUAUGUGAUCAUGUAUCUACUUUUUGCUUGAAAUAACUGUUGGGUAUUCCAUGUUUGUUCUUAUUUUCUCUCGGCCCAGCUUGGUACAGUGUCUUACAGUCAAGAGAAUGAAAAGUGUUUUAAGUUCACUCCAUUUUGUUCUACAGCAGAGAUACGUUAAGCUCAUUGAUGCAGUUAAAAUUUUUCUUAAUAUAGUUUGCAGCAUAAAGGACAUUGUAUAGUCAAGGGCCUUCUUGAGUACUGAAUUUUAAAUGUAGUGAAACCUGUGUCUGUAGUGUUUGUUUAUACAAAAUGCUGAGUUCUUGAUACCUGCAUAUACACGGCAGUAUGCAGUAUUAAUUUUGAGUUUCGCUUUAAAAUUCUGUCUUCAUUAGAAACACAACAGCCUUUGUCUUUUUUCUGCCACCAGACCGUAACUUUACCUUCCCUCAUCCUCUCUACUUCUCAUGGCCCCUGAGUCCCUGCCACUCACUAAUAUUUGCAGUUAUUACCCAGACUGCAGUUGUACACAUAUUAACCGGCUUUUUUCUCUGUAUCCCGUCUCAGGUUCUUGCUUCCCUUUGUGUAAAAAUUAGAAUGUUUGUCUACAAACUUAAGAAUCACUUCUCAUUUAAAAAUGAAUGGCGUACCAGGCGGUAACCUUUAAAAUUUGCCUAGAUAACAACUUUGUCUCCUAAAUUUGUAUAUACUUCUAGUGCCCUUGUAAAGAAUUGCCCUUUAAGUUCUACAGAGUAGCGUUAUCCUCCUGUGAAGCAGUUUACAGAGGUAUGCUGCAGCUUCUCUGUGAUUCCUUUUUGUAGUCAUCAUAAUUUUAUAUCUAACACCAUUACCCUUUAAAUUCUAUUGAUUGUAAGCAUAAAAGUGACAUCACAUAAAACAUACUGCGUGAAGGAACUCUGUAGGAGCUCUUAAUUUAUUUUUGAAGCUGUUACAUAAUCCACUUUCCUAAGGACAUUUAUUCCAGUCACAUUAAAGCUCCAAACUUGUUCGUGGUAGUACUGUUUUUGUUUUUAAUAGAAAGAUGAAUUCAUAUCUGUUCCUUUUCCUCAAAGCUCAAUGGGAUGAGAAAGGGAUCCCAAGAGUAUAUUGAAAUUACCAAUGUGUAAUACCUCUGACUUUUUGCUAAGAAGCCAUUUCAUAUUUAGACGUAGACACUUCUAAAGUGUAGGUAUAAGGAAUCUUUGUCAAUCUGGGCAAUUAAAAUUGUCCCAGGUACCUCUGGCUACAGAAAGGCACAGUGGAGAACAUUUAUUCUUAAGGGUAGCUUCCUCUUAAACACAUUUGCUUAAGAAGCUAAAGCUGGUAACCUUUCAAGAAAGGACAUUUUUUAAAUUUAAAAAAAUUUUUUUUAAGAAAGGACAUUUAUAUGAGCCAAGGACUGUAGAACUGUUCAGGGCCUAGAAUGCAGACUCUAUUCCAAACAUCCAGGUAGGCUGUGGGUUAGGUUUUUUUCCCUUUAUGUUGUCUCUAGUUUCCUUUUGAGGCUCAGGAGGCUUUCGUAUCUGUUCAUAAUACUGGAAAAGUGGAACCUUCAAAUUUUCAAAAAGUCUGAAAUUGAUAAGAAAAUAUUACUACAGUAAAUUUUAGGUGGUUAGGGAUAUGCAGCAUCAGCAUAAAUGGAGGUCUGUGAUAUGGCCCUUUUUGAUACCAAUGGUGAACUCACAAAAGAGGCAAGUUGAAUCAGUAAGGAGAUAUAAUUGAAGGUCCCUAAUGUGUAAACUAUGUAAAUUUAUGUCUUUCUAAAUAGUUUUUUUUUUUUUUAAGAGUCCCUGUGAGAGGGUAACUAAAUGACAGGCAUAAUGACUUAGGAUGUGAAAAGAAUUACUGCCACAUUUAUUGGUUUUCUGUUAAAUCUGAUGAAAUCAAUAUAUGUGAAGGUCAAGAAAUUUAAAAAGGACUUUUCUUGCGGUUAUUUUAGAUAUGUCUGUUGCACAUACUCUCUAAGCUAAAAUGUCAGGAUCAAUUAAGGCAUGGAGUAAGCUUCAAAUACUUGCUGAUGAAUGUAACAUAUAGAAUAAAUAAAGCUGAAACCUCAAUUAAGUGUUGUAGCCAAGAAGUCACAGUGAGCUAUACCUCAGAGGCGCUGAGCAGAGAGCAGGGCCCCUGGAAGCUUCUGGUAUUAGAUCAGCGGAUUCCUAGUAAGAGGGAGGAGAUGCAACGUCUCAAGAGUUCUUCUACAUCUCUUUUAAGGCAUAUAUCUAGCAGAAAACUCAGAUACGAUCUUUUCUCAGCUGUGUUCCAAGAGAAGACAGCUUUCAUUUUGAUAAAAAUUAUUAGAAAUUCUUACAUAUUUCAUAAGAGGACUAAAUUUGCAUUUAUUCCAUAAACUUAGAAAUCUGUAUGCAAAUCACAGCCUCAUAGUUUACCAUGUUUAGAUUUAACUUUUUUCCGCUUUGGCUCCAAGAAUGAUUUUUUUAGCAAUAAAUAAAAUGAUUUUUUAAAUAUAUAAAGAAAUCACUAAUAGGCAGUGAAUAAUGUUAUAUGGGUAUAUUUGGUUUUGUUAAUGGUGGUUCUUCGAAGAAGACAUAGUACAUAUUAAAAAGCAUGUAGUUAGUUGGUCCUUUGGAUUGCACAGGAAAUGGCACUUAAAAAAUUGAUACUGAUGAGAAAAACAUUGGUAGGUGUUUACACUGAAGGGUCUUUAUCAGGUUGGCUUACACUUAAAAUGCAAGCUCUUUUAACCAUACAAAAGAAAUGUGCCACAGAGGUUUUGAAAGAUGUGAUUCUUAACUUUCUACUAAUGUUUCAUGCCCUUAGUCACAUCCAUGGAACCUUAGUCUGACUCCCUUCUUUAAAAAUGAAAGACAUUGUUCAGUUUGCUCCAUUUUAGAUAAGAAAUCCCAAUUUGGAAUUUUUAUUGUCAUUAACCAAGUUAAACUCGGGUGUAAACUUGAUUUGUCCUGCCUGCCCAGGCACCAGACGUGGUAAAUGUUUCAGAGUUCUCGCAGAUGCUCACUCAUACCCUCAAGUCUGAGGUUUGUUGGCUCUGAGUGGUAGACCAGCUUAGCACUGUCAUCCAAGCCCCGUAUGAACACGGGUGCUGCCAGGCUGUGUCCACUGGCAGUGGUCAGACAAGUGAAAGCUGGAUGUGAUGAAUUCAGUAGACCUGAGUGAGUCCUGUGCCUUGAAGCAUCGGUGGUAGGCACUGACUUUGUCACUAAAAUGUCCAGGGAGAAUCAUAACCCAUGAGAAAAGUAUUGGGAAGAUUUGGAUAUUCAGAAAAGAGAGUGUUGUUAGUAUUAAAAUCUGGCUUCAUUUUCUGUUCUGUUUAUUUCCAAGGAGAUGGGAGUUUCAGGCCUGAGCCACGGGGUAAUUCGCAAUUUGGUUUCCUUCCCAUAGACAGCUUGUCUUUGUAGGUUUCAGUUGCUGAAAUUUAAGUGUACAGGGUAGUGUUUGGUCCUUACAGAAAACAGCUUUGUUUCUGAAAGUAAACAUCGUUGAAAGAUUCUCUAAUCCACUCCUUCGCCGCUUUCUUAGACUUGAGUGUGUUUUCCUCCUGCCCUGCUGUCUCACUCCUCCCUUUGUGUGUGGGGAGUGGGCCAGCCAUCGGCCUGGGCUCCAGGCAGCUUGGCCAGCUGUCAGACUGCAGGGUGGUCCAUGUCCUCCCGGAGGCCACGUCUGCCUGCCUCUAACACUUAGCUCUGCGUCUGAUCAUCCAGCAUGUACUACAGCCACUGCUUUGCUUGCUUGCUUCCUUUUUGAUCCAAGAGAAGAAGGGCCUGAGUUUUACUGUCUGGUCUUAAGAUCCGCUUUUCAUUGUUUCAAAAUCUUGAUCCUAUUCACUGGAAUCCAUGCAUCCUAGGUGUGGGCAAUAAGGGAAAAUCAAUGAAAUGACCAUUUCAAGGUCAGUAGUGCCGUGUUAUUGCUGGGGUAGCUGCUACUCCAGGGUCCACUGCUCACUCGUCAGCUUUCACCGACCGGGUUUCGGGUGUCUUGAUUCUCCUGGCCUCGGCCUCAGCCUGGAAGCACACACAUCCAGCCAUCCCCACAGACCAGGUGACAGUGUGGGAUCAUGUGAGACGUGAGACCGCGCUCCAGUUCCAUACAUUAGUGACAAAUUCCUUUUCAGUUUUUCUGACCUAGUAGCUAUUGUUAAGGAAACACUGCAGAGCUGGAUGGAGUGAAGGAAGGAAGCAGCACUUCUUUGUUUCUUGGAGAGGAAUGCUCUCCAGCAGUUUUCGCCUGCUAUGCUGUGGUUCCUUUUGUCACUGUCAUCUUGGGAGGAGUGGUUCCCUCCCCUCUCUGCCCUUUUCAUUAUAUACAAGUGGAGAACCUGUCAUUCUUACCCAGGUCCUUGUUUUUAACCCAAAAGACUGACAGCAAUUCCUUGGCCAACCAGGUGACUCCUCUGCCAUUUGGGAGGAGGUGGUUCUUAGUCCUUGCUUGAUCUUGAGAAGACAGUUGGCUUAAAGUCAGAGGUUGAAUGAAUGGGAAGGUUUGGGAUUAGAAAAGAUGAGUCCUAUUCUGCAGACUUUCUUUUACUUCUAUUCUUGUUGGGCAUCUGUGUGUUCUGAAAUUCACCUUUUGUUACCAGUAAGAUAUGCUUUUACAUAAUGUAUGUGUUUUGGGGGGGGGGGGGGAUGAAGUGUUUCUAAGAAAAGUGAUUGAGCUAGAAAGAAGAUCCUGUCUUGAGACAUCUGUAGUUGAUGCAAAAUAUUCGAAACUCAAUUACAGUAUUUACACAUUUUCAUCUUUUUUUGGUUUGCUUG